GGGCACCUGCUGUCGCGCUCUGCGCUGCAGUGGCUCGACGGCACGCGAUUAGCGCACAGCUGGAAGCGCAGGCAGAGCCGUUAACGCGGCGGGGUUUAACGGGAGCCCGCAGCAUCGCUCGCACGCACGCACGCACGCACGGACGACGCAGCGCACGUCCGGAUUCCACCCCGGGAGAUCCAGCGAUGAUCCCGCGCGUGCUGGGCGGCGGCGGGGCGGCGUGCGGGACCACCGGCACCCUGUUCUCGGCGUGCCUCGUCUCCGCCUGUCGAGCCCUCUGCGACGAGGGCCAGUGCGGCGACGGCCAGCGGUGCUGCCCGCCCAGCCUCGCGGGGAACGGCAGCGGCGGCGGCGGCGGCGGCGGCUCCGCGGUGGGCUGCUGCAAGCUGCCCAUCCACGUCUUCUUCGACAACGUGGGCUGGUUCACGCGCAAGCUGUCCGGCAUCCUGAUCCUGCUGCUGCUCUUCGCCAUGGGCUACUUCAUCCAGCGGGUCAUCUGCCCGCGGCCCCGCCGGCACCCGCACCACGACCGCAGCGAGGAGCCCUCCCUCUACCACGGCCACGCGUCGGCGUCCCAGGACUCCCUGCUGGACCGGUACCCCGAGUGCAGCCUCGGGGACUUCACCUCGCCGAACCUGCCCGCCUACGACGAGGUCAAAUACCUGCCCACGUACGAGGAGAGCAUGCAGGAGAUGCGCGGGGACCGCUCCGACGAGAACUUGCUGUCGGAGAGCGAGGCGGGGAGAGAGAGCGCUGGGGAGCGGAGACGGGAUGUCCUGGAGGUACCGGGACCGCAACACAACCCAAGGACAUGUCGGAACUCGGUCUGAGGAGCAGUGAGCUUGGGAAAAGCUACACAGACCAUAUUUUAACAUGCUUUUAUCAUCAUCAGGGUAAUUAUCUUGGAGAGGUAUAAACUCAAGUGCAAUUAUAAUCCCGAAUGUUGAGAAUAAAGAAGGAGGCUGAGAAAAUGUGUUUUGUAAGACUACGGGAUUACUCGCCUUUUGUAUGCAAAUGGCCGCUUGGUUGAAGUAAAGGAGAUUAUAAGUGGGCGAAGGCGGCUGGAAUCGACGCGCUUUGUGUCGCCGACAGCUAAUUAGACUGUGACACAAUCGCAUUAAGUUUCACUUCAGCGCCGCGAUUUUAGGUGGCACCGUGAAACUGUUUUCCUUCUGUCACAUUCUGGCUGCUCCGUCUUCUCGAGGCUAAAUAUUCCGCAGGACCAGUCUCUGAUUGAUUCAAUUUGCAUCCAAAAGGAAGAAGAUUUAGAUUUUGUUGUUGAGGCGCGGGUGAGGGGAUGAAUAUCAAUGUAAAUACUCUCUGAGGCGCAGUUUUAUUAUUAUUUAUAGCUUAUCAGCGUUAAAGCAACACACACACACACACACACACACACACACACACACACACACACACACACACACACACACACACACACACACACACACACACACACACUUCAUAGGAGCUGCCAGAUGAGCAGUUUAUCAGUGACCUGAGCCAUGUGUGAUACGUCUAUUGAAAGCUGAAGCCACGGAGAUAAGCGAUUGUUAAAACUGCUCUGAUCCGUUGCCUGAAGCUACAUGUAUCAGCGUCUCCCAGGUCCUGAAAUGUAAGGAAAAAAAAAAAACACAAUGGCAGAGAUUACAGCUGGCACUGAUAUGUCAGAGUGCCAAGAAACAAAGUUGCAUAUUGAUGACAGGGUGUCAGACAAGUUCACAGGUGCUGCUUCGAGCAGAACCAGUGCUGCACAGCUCAGGCCCUGAAAAGACAAAGAGUGGUCUGAUAGGAGACAGGAGGCAGCAUCCUCAUUGUCCACACUGUCAGAUUUAGUUGUGUUUUGACUAUAAUUCUCUUCUGAUGAUUUAAAUGACUUGGAAACGGAACUUGAAGUGCCUGUUUUGCUGCUAUAAACCAAAGUGACACUACAUACAUUGCAUUAACUACAGAACCGUGUCCUUUAGACCGACGCUAACAGUAGCUACAUGCCAUUACUAGUAUAUAAAAUGCUUCACAAUGCAACACACCACUUUCACACUGGAUUCACUCACAUUCAUCCUCCAAAGGAGAAGACAAGUGAAAUGCAAAGAAACUCCAGCAGGGACUACAAGUCAAGAUUAUUAGCAUUAUCAGAUAUCUGGACUCCGCUUAUGUCAAACGUAACAAACUGUCACAUUAAAGAAUGUCCAACAAA